AUGAGACUGUUUCGCGUUCUCGGAGCCCUGCUGCCCUUCUUCUUCGCAGUCACCAAUGCGCUGACGGUCUCCGAUGUUCUGGCGCAAUCGCUUGCCGCCUAUGCGAAGCGCGAUACCGCGUCGUCUAUCCUUUCCGCUAUCGAGAACGCCGCGACCUGUUCAUCGUGUCAGGCACUGCUCCUUGUCCUCCAGGCUCUGGCUCACACCGGUAACCCGAACUUCACGAACGUGAUCACGAGCGUCUGCAAGAGCCUCGGCGUGCAGGAUCCCGAUGUCUGCACUGGCGCGAUCGGGCUCGAGGGACCCAUUCUUGCGCACGACCUGCGUGUGAUGUCGGUCGGAAGCAAGACCGCGGACCUGUUCUGCAUGACUGUGUUUGGUCUGUGCCAGGCGCCUGCGGUCGACACAUCGUUCUCCGUGUCGAUGUCCCCGAAACCGGCCAACGCUCGCCGCCCCACUCCGAGCACCCAGAAGCCGAUCCAGGUCGUUCACAUCAGCGACAUCCACGUCGACUUGGACUACACGGUCGGCGCCAGCUUCAACUGCACGAAGAACAUCUGCUGCCGCGCCUACACAGCGGAUGAAGCCCCCGGUGUGACGAACACUCCCGCUGGACCAUUCGGAAACUCGGCCUGUGACACUCCGGUCUCCCUGGAGGAGAGCAUGUACUCCGCGAUUAAACAGCUCGUGCCGAACUUGGCAUUCAGCAUCUUCACUGGUGAUGUUGUCGAAGGUGACGUGUGGCUGUCCUCGACGACCGAGGUGACGACGAAUCUCAAGGACGCUUACUCCCGCAUGGCGAGCAUUGGCGAGACGUAUGCGGUGAUCGGUAACCACGACUCGGCGCCGGUCAACUCGUUCCCUCCGCCGGCAGUGAGCACGGACUACGCGCCCGAAACGCAGAUCUCGUACGACGACCUUUCGGCCAACAUCCAGCAGUGGAUCGGCAGUGCUGCCGCUUCACAGGUCUCGAACAACUUUGGCAGCUACUCGACGCUGACUUCAUCGGGGCUGCGGAUCAUCAGUGUGAACACGAAUUUCUGGUACAAGGCGAACUACUGGCUUUACGAGAAGACGAUGGAGCAUGACCCUGCAGGCCUUCUCACGUGGCUCGCCGGCGAACUGCAGGCCGCGGAGACUGCUGGCGAACGUGUCUGGAUCCUCGGUCAUAUGCCCCUCGGCGCCGGCGAUGCGUUCCACGACCAGUCAUACUACUUUGACACCAUCAUCCAGCGCUUCUCCGCCACGAUCGUCGGCGUCUUCUAUGGUCACACGCACAAAGAUGAGUUCCAGAUUGCGUACAGCGACUGGUCGGCGCCCUCGGCCAGCACCGCCACGAUGAUGUCCUACAUCGCCCCAGCGCUGACCCCGACAUCCGGCAACCCGACGUUCCGAGUGUACGACGUCGACCCCGUGACCUUCGCCAUCCUCGACAUGACGGUCUACUACGCGGACAUGUCGUUGCCAACGUUCCAGACGUCGCCGACCUGGGCCAAGCUGUACUCGGUCAAGGAGACAUACGGACAGCAGCUGGGCGUCACCUCUGGCGAGCUGACCCCCGCGUUCUGGCACAACGUGACCGCCCUCUUCGAGUCCGACGACGCUGUCUUCCAGCAGUACGUCGCCCGCAAGUCGCGAGACACCUCUGGCACCCUCGCGCCCUGCACCGGCAGCUGCAAGUCGGACGACAUCUGCCAGCUCCGCGCUGCCCAGUCCCAGUACAACUGUGUCACCGUCUCGCCCGGCGUCCACUUCCGCCGCGACGUCGCUGUGGCCCACACCGAUGACGCCUGCGAGAGCUCCAUCGUCGCUCCGCUCAUGUCCUCGGUCUUCACCACCGAGGGCAUCGACUCGCUGCGCAAUGCCCUCGUCUCCACUCUCGGCGCUGGAUUCUUGAAUACCACCCUCUCUCAGUAA